CACUCAGAUAGUAGAGCGGCUAUAUUAGCCUUGAACUCAUUCGCAGUGCGUUCAGGGUUGGUCGAAGAAUGUCUAACGUCGCUAUUUCUAGCAGCUAGAGUUUUUGUGAUUAGACUGGUGUGGGUGCUGGGCCAUAGCGGAAUUGCAGGCAAUUGCAAAGCUGAUGAGUUAGCAAGGAAAGGUACCCUAGAAUCAUUAUCGGUAGAAUGGGAACGGAUCGGUGCUCCUGUUUCUUCUUGUGGUCUACUACUAGAUAGCUGGGCCACGUGGAUGCUCGUCCAACGCUGGGCCAGCACCGGCACUUGUGCGGUUGCAAAAGCCUUCUGGCCCAGGAUAGAUCGCAGGAGAUCUAAUGAUCUCGUAGCCCUCAGCAAGUCUAACCUCUCAUUGUUAGUGGGUCUUUUAACAGGCCACUGUCCUAUUGGCUUACAUGCGGUUUAA